UUAAUCGACUUUAUAGAACUAAAAAAAUUAUUUACAUGUGAAAAGAAUCGAGUAUCGAUACAUGAGCUACAUAAAGUAUCGAUAUCAAGGACUUGAUGUUUAGAAAAAAUAUCGAUGUAUCGAUACAUAUCGUUCAUCAUUAACUAACUCACUCCAUUUAAGUAUUUCGUGGAAGUCGCAUGUAAAAUUAGUGCAUGAAUCUGAAAUAAACAACACAUUGUAUUUAAGAUGGCGUUUAGCUUGGCUGCUUUGGCCUAUAUUGUUGCAUUAAUUAUUGAUGCUUUUCUCAUUUUUUUCGCAAUUUAUCAUGUGAUUGCUUUUGACGAGUUAAAAACUGAACAUAAAGAUCCCAUUGAACAAUGUGGAAGUCUUAAUCCGUUGGUCCUUCCAGAAUAUGGGCUUCAUGUUUUUAUAAACAUCUUAUUUUUAAUAAGCGGGGAAUGGUUUUCUUUGCUACUAAAUGCUCCUUUAAUAGCAUACCACAUAAAUAGGUACUUAACAAGGCCAGUUAUGACUGGUCCCGGAUUAUACGAUGCCACGAGCAUAUUAAAUACAAAUAAUUUGACUAGAUGUCAACAAGAAGGAUGGGUUAAAUUAGCAUUUUAUUUAUUAUCAUUCUUCUAUUAUUUAUAUGGAAUGAUAAGUUCGUUGAUUCACUGAAAUCUACCUCUUCGUUUGUUGUCAAUAAAGCAACAAUGUCAAAAAUUUUUCACGUUUUUGAAAAUUUUGAAAAAUAGAAAAUAAUGAAUCUUCCUAAAAUCAUUGAAAUAAUAUUUUAAUUUUAAUUAAUUCAAAGAUUUUAGUCAGCUAUAGUGCCAAUGUAUCAUAUUUCCUUGAUUAAGUUAAUUGAUAAAGAGUAAAUCGAACAAUGUUACUAGUGUAAAGUUUCACACAGUGGUAGAUAUAUAAAUAAUAACUUUAUAAUAAUAUCAUUUAAAAACUGCUAUUUCAAUUAAUUGUUGGAUACGUUGUUAACGUAAUUUUACGUUGAAUAUCAAAAAAUAUGAUAAUACACUGUGACGAGGGCUCUUUAUUCAGUAACAGUUUAAUAAUAAUUUUAAAUGAAAUUGAAUUACAUUAUUGUAGACAUUUCUUGACUUGAUUGUAAAUCAACGAGCAUUCUUAAUGAAACAAUUUCUGAAUCGUUAAUAUUGAAAUAUAAACAGUACGUAACUCUAGUCAUCAACAUACUGUUGAUUCUGUUUUGUAUAAUGUUUACAAAAUACUUGAUUAAUUUCAUUUUUAAUGAUUUUUUAUUUGAUUUUUCGGAUUUUUCAAUUGAACAAUAUUUUAUAUAAGAUUCUAAAAAUGUA